UUGGAAACCUUCAGAAAGACACUUAUGAGAUCGCUUAAUGAGGAAGAAGACAACCCGGCUGGAGCUCCAGAUAUUGCUAAAAAUGGACAAAACCGAUCAGAUGAAGAUUCUUCCUUGCCACCUGCAAAACCUCCUCAAAGGACCCAGUCAACAGAUGGUGGAUAUUCACGUUCAGAGGAUGCCGAGUCAGAAACUUCUAGGCCUCGAAUAUCACCAAGUCUCUUGUUAGCAUCGCAGACUAGCACCCCACGUUUUACUCCUCCUGGUUCCCCUCCAAGUCUUUCAGCAUCUGUGUCUCCUUCAAGGUCGCCAAGACCACUGUCUCCAAGGAGGCAUUCUAUUUCAUUCUCAACGUCAAGAGGCAUGUAUGAUGACAGAUCUUCAGUAUUUUCUACACCCCAUAGCCAGCAUGGCUCGAUGUCAGGCCUUGAAGCAGGAUCGCAAACUGCACGAGCUCGAGUGGAUGGGAAAGAGUUCUUCCGACAAGUCAGGAGUCGGCUAUCGUAUGAACAGUUUGGUGGUUUUCUAGCAAAUGUUAAGGAAUUAAACUCGCACAAGCAAACAAAAGAGGAAACUUUGCGGAAAGCAGCUGAAAUUUUUGGCCAGGAAAACAAAGACCUUUAUACAAUCUUUGAAGGGUUGAUCUCUCGUAAUGCCCAAUAAAAUGGCCAAAAUCAUCCUGCAUUGGUGCAUGUUGAAUGUAUUUUUACUGUAAAGUGACUGAAUAAACUAAAUGUGCCAAAAGGUUGUAAUUAUUGUUUCACUACAUUGGAGCUUCUUCUUUUGUUACAGAUGUAUUUUAUUUUAAUUUAUAGGUUCAAAAAAAAAAAAAAAGAUUUUUCAUGUA